AUGGUAUUGAACGUAGAUAGUGGCACACAAAAUGCAUCUGUCAACUCUUUUAGCAUCCAUGGUCAACAGGUGCGGCAGGAGUCGUGGUGCGUGACGGUGGUGGUGGUGAGCGACGACCUCGCCUUCCUCAACGCCUUCGCUCAGUCGUCCCUCCACGACCACCUCCUGGUGUGGUCGACGAGGCUCCUGGUCGUCACCCGCCUGCGUCUUCACCAGCUGCAGCUCCUCCACAGGCUGCUCUUCAUCACCAACUCCAUGCUGCUAAUUACUGAAGAAUCACUACACGGCUUCAGGUGUGGAGUGUACCUACAGCUGCCAUACACUCCCUGGGGAGCUCAGACGCUGAAGGUGGCCUCCUGGACGCCACACCAGGGCCUCGUCCUCACCUCCCACCUCACACUCUUCCCUCACAAGUUCUCAAGAUUUCCUGAGCGACCGACUCUAAAGCUGGCGGCGGAGACAACUCCACUGAUGACCAUGGUUACCCAGGUGGAAACUCAAGCCCGUCAGGGAAGGAUGGUAGAAUUUUCAGGACCCAUGGCUUACCUGGUAUCCUACCUGGCCAAGGCUCUCAACUUCUCGUACAUGUACCUGCGGCCUCCUGAUGGGUCUUGGGGCCUUAAACGUGAAGACGGUACCUGGUCAGGCAUGCUGGGGAUGGUCAUCAGGCAGGAUGUGUCUUAUCUUUGGAAAAUGAAGGAAGUAGAUGUGGCUGUCGGCCCCUUCGGUGUAAGUGGAGUCCGCGCUGAGGUGGUGGACUUCACUAGACCAGUCCUAAUAGAUUACAGUAGGAUCCUUGGAGCUCGAGGUCAACCGGAGGUGAACCCAUGGGGGUUCCUGUUCCCUCUGGAGCCGCUGGUGUGGGCGGCCAUCGUGGCGGCGCUGCUGGUGCUGCCUACUGCUACCAUCCUCAUGUCCUCGUGCUUCUCACUCAGCACUCACCACCAAACAUACACCUUUCCUGCCACGUCCGCCUACCUCCGCCUCUUAUUGAAUCAGAAUGUGUUGGAGUGUGGUGGGGGUUGGUGGUGGGAGCGGGUGAUGUUGGCGGUGUGGGGGCUGGUGGCGCUGGUGCUGACGCAGAGCUACGCCGGCAACCUCAUGGCCCUCCUGGCCGUGAGUACCUAUGGCGAGAUUCAGCCUGGUUCAACAGCUUUUCUCACGUCCAGAUACAACAGAUCUCUUAACCUCAUCUCUAGUAAUUUUAAACCCUUCCAAGGUUGCCUGGUGUACUGCCACCUCUCCUACUUCAGGGACUUCUCAUUCCAUUCUGAAGACCUCCUGAAGUGA